UUCUCUUUUACAGUUGUUUUAUUUUUGGAAAGUAAUUGAAAGUGAGAAAAGUAUUGAAGUUGUGUUAAGAAGAAGUUGAGUCCACUUGCGGUCCAUCAAAAACAAAAAACAAAAAAAAAAAAGAAAACAAAUAAAGCGAAGGAAACAGGGAAUAAUAAUACAAGAACUUACCAUUAUACAUAAUUACAAUAUUAGUAAUGUUAUUUAAUGUGAUGGCUUAUAAUGCUGUUAGUUAUUGUUACGAUACAUCGGAUUUUUCUUAUAGAUUAAGGCCCCACGAUUUUGUGGGCCCGCCAGAACUUCUGUUACUAAUAGUUAAGUAAAGCUGAAUAACAAGUUCAAAGUAAAAGUAAUAAAUAAAAACCUUUAAAAAAAAAUCUUUGCAAAAAAAAAAAAAAUUAAAACUCAUUUAUAAUUAAAUUCGCUUUGAAGCAGCAUUGUAGUCCUUAUGUUGCAAUCAGGCAUAAUCGUUGUUGAAAAACCUCCAUCAAUAGCAACUCAACAGCAAAAGCAAAAACCAAAUCACGAAAUUCAAUAUGUCGAAUAUUACGAGCCAACUGAUCCGCCUCUUCAGCAUCAUCAUGCAAUCGUUCUGGAUAAUAAUUUUGCAUUACCACACAAUCAAUCCACACAAAAUAAUCAUCAACGAAUAACUCAAAUGUUACAAUUAAGCGAACAACCUAAUGCUGCUACAACAUCUAAUAUUAUAGUACCAACAGCGGAUUUUGCAUCAAAUCAAAUUUUCAAAAUAGUGAGUACAGAUGGUGCAGGUGGUAUAGAGAGUCGGCAAAUGUUUAUAGAUGCAUCAACGAAUUCUAAAAUGUUGCUUGGUAAUAUAACGAUGUUGCCAAAGCAAGUAGGAAAUGCCACAAAUGCAAAUAAUAUCAGCGUAUUGCCAACUCCACAAAAUAAUCAGCAACCGCAAACUAUAAAUUUUGUAGGUACGAAAAAUAUACCAUACAUUAGCGGAGGAAAUACAGCUCAAUUGAAUGGUAAAAAAUUUCCUACGAAAAAUGCAAAUGUCAAGAAUCAAAUACAAACGACAGGUACAUUUGUCCAGCAAACACCGCAGCAUGUGGUGCAUAAGGUAAAUGUGCCAACGAAAGUGAUUUCACGUAUGCCGACCAUUGUACAACAAGCCACAAAUAACACCAAUCACAAUAUCACACAACAACCAUCAACAAAUCAUCCGUAUGUGGUAUCACAGUCACACAAAUAUGUAACUGCUAGCAGCAGUAAUAUACCAAAGAUUGGUAAUAUUAUAAAGAAGAAUGUAAAUAAAAGUUGUCAGAAUAAAAUAUCCGCUAAUAAUACACAGCAACAAGGCACUGUAAAAACGUUUAUAGCUCAGCAAGCCUAUCAAUACCAUCCAAAUAACAAUAAUAAAAUCACUAAAACUAAAUUACUUAAACAAUUAGGCAAUACCACUGGUGGCGGAGUCUCAAUUGCAACAUUGCCACUGCAGCAGAGUUUUGGUACCUAUACGAUAAACUCAAAUAAAUUAAAUAGCAGUAAUCAAAAUAAUGCGACAACUAAAGUUACUAAAAUGACUAACAACAAAUUUAUAAUGCAAAAUCAGCCGCAACAUGUUGCUACAUUACCUCAGGGUACACAACUACAACAUAAAACUAUGCAGGCUACACAGCCACAAAGUAAUAUUGUUGUACAACAGCAAAUACUUCCAAAUUCGAUAGUUGGUGGCAAUAGUAAUUCAAGCGCUUCCAAUAGUAACAUUAAGUAUGUUAAUUCACAAGGUGCUGUUAUACAACAACAUCAAACACAUCCUAGCUCACAGCAUAGUCAAAAAUAUCGCCAACAGUUUCUGGAGACGCCUGUCUGUAUACAACGUGAAAAUAAUACAGUGACGAAUAAUGCAUCUUCUGCAAUCAGUAACUAUCAGACAGAACUCGAUAUGACCGAUGAGAUGUCUGCGCGCAUUCUACAAAGUAUGGCCCAAAAACAUUUUAAUAAGCAACAAGCACAACAUCAUCAGCAAAAACUCAAAGUAUUGCCAUCGCAGUCGCAACCCCAUUAUAUAAUACAGAACUCGCCGGGCAGUACAAAUAUUGUUUUGUCUCCUAACGAUUUUUCUACUUAUAAUUCCCAACAACAAAAUUCUUACAUGCCUAUCUCUGCGAAGACAUUAAUAACAAAUGUUGCUAGCAAUUCAGCGCCGUCAAUUUCAUUAUCAAAUGCAAACGCAGAAAAAAAUCACAGUACCUCUGUCAAUAGAUCACAAUCACUAGAACGGAAACAACUUGAUACGAAUUCUGCGAAAAGGGCAACUGAGUUCAUCAAAAACAGAGAUGAGAUAGUCUCAGUUAUUGAUGAGUUUUAA